AUGAGCGAACCGUUCCGUUUCUUCUCGCUUCCGUUCGAGAUACGCGCAAUAAUAUGGAAGCAUGCUGUUCCUCAGCGAAUCGUCGAGUUUGGCCAACCGAAUGAUCCCGACAUACCCAUAGGUGACCUCAAAAGAUCCUGGGCCCUGAACCGCGCACCUCCGAAUGUCGCGCAGAUAUGCAAGGAAUCUCGCGAUGUCGCUUUGAAGAUGGUCCACGGGAUGAAGUAUGAUGUUGGGCGCCUGCAAUCAUCUGAUAAUGGGAGCCUGCAAGACAUCCGGUGCUGGCUCGAAUCCACCAAGAUUCUCCACUUCAAUGCACCUGAUGAGAAUGUGACCCAAGAAGAGCAACGCAAGCUGGUGGAAAGGUUGAUGAGUCUGUCUGAAGCAGCGUAUUUCGACAAGAAGGUUUCCGUGAGCGCGGAUAUUUUCCAUCCGUUCAUUCGUUUCCACCGGCGCACCGAGAUGGACGAUGAUGUGCGAUGGGGGUCAAUUUUCAGGCUCUCUGAAUUCAUCGUGUCAUUGCAUACAGUCAGCAUCAAAGCUACCAAGGAGCAAGCACGCAGCAUGGGUUUAUUCAGUGAUGAACCGGCGCAGCUGGUGAAUCCCUUUGACUUGCAAGCAAUCAAGCGUUACAGGGACCUCUGGGAGCUGACUCAAGACAGCGAUCCAACUGCACAGAAAUUCUUCGAUACUGUCAACACAAACAGAUUCAACUUCCGGGUCCACAGGUGGAUGGCGGAGAUGGAAACCCAUUUCAUCGUUUGGCGAUAUAACCCCAAUCCAUUCAGCAAUUCUGGGGCUGGUCAAGCCAUGUUGAUGCUCACCCGCGAUAUAUCGCAGAGGUCCAAUCCGAUCGGUUCACGAGGUGGUGCCCGUGGAGGCGGCGGCGCUACCCGUACGCGCUCCCAUUGGAAUGACAUCGCCAAAGAUAAUGAGAAGUUCGAACGCUAUUACAAUGAGCCUGAGUUCCUGCCCGAGGAAGAGCGAGAGGUCUUCUGGGCUACAAUGCGCAAGGACCUGCCCAACAGCUUCCGUUUCACUGGUUCUCGAGGACAUGCUCUUGCUGUACAGCAGCGCCUGAAAGACCACCACAUCCCCGAAAUCACAUCUAUCAAGUACGAGAACGAAUUCGUCGAGCCCCCGCGCCCGGUUUCAUGGUACCCCGACCAGCUCGCAUGGUCCAUGACUACCCCCAAGAAUGUCAUUCGACGAUUCGCACCUUUCGCUUCCUUCCAGAAGUUCCUUGUCGCCGAGACCGACGUUGGAAACAUCAGUCGCCAAGAGGUUGUCAGCAUGAUCCCUCCCCUCCUCAUUGAUGCUAGACCUGGCAUGACCGUUCUCGAUAUGUGUGCCGCCCCUGGUAGCAAGUCUGCGCAAUUGAUGGAACUGCUUCAUGCCGGCGAGGAAGAUGCUGUUGCCCAAGUCACCGAGCAGGUGAAGAAUGGCAACGCUGGACCCGAGCCUCUUGGCCCCGAAGGAUUGAACGACGAUGGUCGCAGCACCGGUCUGCUUAUCGCGAACGACAGUGAUUACAAGCGCGCUCACAUGCUUAUUCACCAAAUGAAGCGAUUGAGCUCCCCCAACCUGAUUGUUACGAACCACGAUGCCACUAUGUUCCCCUCCAUCAAGCUGCCCGCCCUGCCCACUGAGGAUGGCAGCAAGCCUAAGAACAGAUACCUGAAGUUUGAUCGUAUCUUGGCAGACGUUCCUUGCUCUGGUGAUGGCACUGCUCGCAAGAAUGUCGGCGUCUGGAAGGACUGGACUCCCGGUAAUGCUCUCGGUCUCUACAGUAUCCAGUCUCGCAUCCUGGUUCGCGCUUUGCAGAUGCUCAAGGUUGGUGGACGUGUUGUCUACUCGACCUGCAGUCUGAACCCCGUCGAAAACGAGGCCAUUGUUGCCACUGCAAUUGAGCGUUGUGGUGGUGCCGCCAACGUCAAGAUUGUCGAUUGCAGCCAAGAGCUCACCGGUCUGAAGAGAGCUGCCGGUCUGCGCAACUGGAAGGUCAUGGACCGCGAGGGUCGCUUGUGGAACAACUGGGAGGAAGUUGAGGCGCACCGUAACCAAGAGGGAAUCAACGGUCUUGCCAGACUUGCAGAGGGCAUGUUCGCACCAACUGGUGAGGCUGCCGACCUGCCAUUGGACCGCUGUAUGCGUGUCUACCCCCACCAGCAGGAUACUGGCGGUUUCUUCAUCACAGUGCUCGAAAAGACCUCUGAGAUUCGCGCCAAGCCCGAGAGCAGCAACGUUAUCCCCAAGGCUUCCGUCGCAGCGCUGGCUGCCGAACUUGACGCCAAGAAGAAUGAGACCGAUGGAAAGCCCCUGGAGAAGCUUGAGGCAUUGGACGAACUCGUCACUCCUGACCAAGAGGCUGAGGCCGAGAUUGCCAAGAACGCCUCCGUUGCCGAGGCCUCUAACCAGCCUACAUACGCCACUACCCUUGAUGAGUCUACUCCUGUCGCUCUCCCCAAGCGUGAGGCAAGCGAUUUGGAGGAAGAAAUUCCCGCCAAGCGAACCAAGCUUGACGAUGGCAAUGAGGUCCUCGUCGGUGACCGACCAAUCCACACCCCUGCGCCGUCUGUGGGAACUGGCCUCGAAACCCCCGGUGACAGCACACCCGCGACCUCCGCAGCUCCUUCGCAGCUGAAGAAGAAGGGACCUCGCCAAGAGGAGCCCUUCAAAUACCUUGACCCCAACCAUGAAGAGCUGGGUCCCAUCUUCGACUUCUACACGCUGUCGGAGCGCUUCCCCCGUGACCGUUUCAUGGUUCGCAACGCCGAGGGUCUCCCUACCCGCACAGUUUACUACACCAGUGCCCUGGCACGCGAUAUCCUUGUCUCCAACGAAGGUCAGGGUAUGAAGUUUGUCCACUGCGGUGUGAAGAUGUUUGUCAAGCAAGACGCACAGCGUGAGAACGUCUGCAGGUGGCGUGUCCAGACCGAUGGCUUGAAGAUCAUCGAGCCUUGGUUGGGCGCUGAGCGCUCUGUCACUUUGACCAAGAGGGAUACCCUGCGUCGCCUUCUUGUUGAGAUGUUCCCCAAGGUCUCAGACGAUGGCUGGAAGUCUCUGGGUGAGAUUGGCGAGCGCGUCAAGGAUAUCCCCAUGGGCUGCAGUAUUCUGCGCGUUGAGCCAAACGGAGGAGCCGAUGGCAUUCCCGAGCGUAUGGUGCUGCCUCUCUGGCGCUCCCUUCACUCCCUCAACCUGAUGCUGCCCAAGGAAGAGCGUCGUGCCAUGUUGCUGCGCAUCUUCAACGACUCCACCCCGCUCAUCAACACUACAUUCAAGAAGACUGCCGAUGCCGAGCCCACCGCCGAGGCUGAGGAAGUUGCAUUGGAGGAGGAGAACAAGGAGCUUGGACAGGAUGCUCAGGACGCUGUUGAUGAACGCGAGACAUACACGAAGGAUGGCGAUGAGGAGGAUCGCUUCAACACCACUGUUUAA